UCAGAUGUCUCAGAAAGAAAACAACAAGGAAGGCGCCAAUUUAACUUUCGGUUGGUGUAGACAUUUUUGUAUUUUCUUUUUCCGGAGGUUUGCAAAUUGUUUUGGGAAUUUUAUCUGAACUGCGACGAUGACUGAAAACACUUUUCCGGUUUGCAACGCGGAGGCCAUCGUGAACUUUUAUCGAACAGAGAUUCUAACCGGCCAGGAGGCGAAACAGUUGACUAAAGGAGACCUGACUCCGGUUCCCAAGCCAGAAACAGUCCAGACUUUAUACAUGAGAGUUCUGCACCUGCUGUACCGUUUCAGGCCCGAGUGUCAUUCCAUGGUUCCAAUGUUGGAGAACAUUCAGUAUCCAGAGUACCAUGAAGGCGCCACCGUCAUCAUGAGCGUGUACACACGCAUGCGACAGUUCCUGCCCGUGUGCCUGGUGUACGAUUUCUCUCUGAAUGACCUGCUGGCUCCCAAAAAGCAGAGGACCCUGACCAUCCUAAGUGCCAUCAUGAACUUUCUGCACUUCAGGAAGCAGCGGAUGGAGAUGAUCAUGGAGAAACAAGCCAAGUUUAGGGCAGACUUGGACAAACUGCAGACUUACACCAAAGGCAACCUGGAAGCUGAGAAGAAGAUUGAGAUGUUGACGACCAUUCCACCCGAGCAGCAGGCUGAGGCUGACGAGUUGGCGGCCGCUCUGUCCGAACUGCAGACCACCACCAUGCACGAGUAUCAGGAAGUGAACGCUAAAAAUGACAGCAUCACAGAGUGGAAAUCCAAGAUUGCAGAGAAGACGCAGAAGCUGGCUCAGGUGAAGGUGGAAAUCACCAACCUGAAGGAAGACAUCAGCAGCCUGAAGUCUCAGAUUGUGGAGUCUCCGGAGGAGCUGAAGAGCCAGAUGGAGAAGAUGAAGGAGAACGUGAAAAACAUAAAGAACAGCAUUGAAGAGACGGAUGAGCGCAUUGUCGAGCUGCAGAACAUGAUGCAAGGUGUGACCCAGACCGAGGCUGAGAUCCAGCAGAUGCUGAGCCUCCUUCAGGACCUGGAAACCAGCAUGAACAACACCAAGCAGCGGCAGGAGGAGGGCCAGGAGCUGAUGGCUCAGUAUGAGAAAAAGCAGAAGGAGCUGAAAAACCUCUGCGUGGAGGAGAGCCAGCUAAAGCGAGCUCAUGCCAUGAAGCUGGAUAAAGAACACAAGCAGAACAUUAGGAGGCAGAAGAAGAGGGAGAUGAAGGAGCAGCACGUUCAAGAAGUGUUGGGGGAGUGCAACCAGAUCCACCAGAAGCGCGAGGAGAUGGCUGACAAAAUCCAGGAAAUUUCCGGAGAAACACAGCAGCUGAAGGCCAAGAUGAAGAGCCUGAGAGACGUGUGCAGCAAGGAGACCGAGAAAGCUCAGGCGCUGUACGACACGCUGUCCACCUCCAUGGAGGAGCUGCACAGGAGGAUUGAGGUGCACAUCGCAGAGCUGAAGCUGAACGCCACCAACAUCUCUGCAGAUUUCUAACCGUCUUGUUUGCCCACGUUUUACCUGUAUUGUUCUUUAUAUUCGUCAACCUUCAUAGUAUGUGGAAAAAGUUCUAAUAAAGUUGUAACUAAAGUG